UCUUAACUAGAUCAAGUUCGGUCAGUUUCAAACCUAUCAAUUACAAGUUUACAAAUUACAACUCAAAUCCGUAAACCCCAAAAUCCGAAAACCCCUAAUUCUUCCAUUUUGAGAAGAGAAUCAUCAUGUCUACAUAUCUAUGGAGGAAAUACUCAGAACAUGUGUAUUCGAAAUGGGAGAAAACACUUCUAUGGGAUAUGAUUGAUCCAUAUAGAAGACCUAAAUCGUUUAAACCACUGAUUAUGAUUUAUGUUGCUGCAUUUUAUACUGGAGUUAUUGGUUCUGCAAUCACAGAGCAACUUUACAAGGAGAAAUAUUGGGAAGAGCAUCCAGGAGAAGCAGUUCCUCUCAUGCAGCCGAAGUUUUACUAUGGUCCUUGGAAGGUACAUAGGGAAGACCACAUGCCUAAACAAUAAAGUGAAUUUGAAACAUACCAUGCUACCAAAGUCUCCCAUUAGCAUUUCAUUUCUAAAUGUGCGUCACUAAAUGUGCUUGUAAAUUCAGAGUUUGAAAGGGUCUGUCAGUCAAUUGCCUGAGCAUUAAAGUUUUAUUUUAUAUCUAAAUGUGUAUUGUAUUGUAUGAAGAAAAUACAUGACCUUAGACAAUCUAGAUAAAACCCAGUCUUCUAUGUCUGAACCAUACUAGAUAGAUUUCUGGUUUUAAUGUUUAGAAUGUCAGUGAAAUUAUUAGUAAACAGUGUUCUGGUUUCUCUUUCCUUACUGGAAGAUAAUCCCACAGUUAAAUGUCUUAUUAUGGGGUAUACUUUCAAUAAUGUUGAUAUUGAAUAUGCCGGACCACAUACCAAGCUAACGUGGGUUCAGUAAUAUCAUAUGCUAUGUCUUUUUUCCCUCA